AUGCUUUGCCCAACCUCAUUUCAGCCUUCUCUAAGCCCAUUCAUGGACCUCCACUGGCCAGUCCGCAGUCUCUGGCCAGAUACGAGACCACUGUUCUUUCAGAUUGAGCAAGACAUGAUGAGACACAUGCAGGAGAUGAGGCACAACUUGCAGUUCAUGGAGUGUCUUCACCGAAAGAUUUUUGAAGAGAUUGAUCCUGUGUUGCCAUCAGUAGCAUUUAAGCCAAUAUCUUUUCAGCUGGGAAAAGAGAGUGACUGUUUUGCGGUGACUCUGGAUACAAAAGAUUUUUCUCCGGAGGAGCUGUCCGUGAAACAAGUGGGAAGGAAGCUUCGGGUGAGUGGGAAGACCGAGAAGAAGCAGGAUGAUGGAAAAGGUUCCUACUCUUACAAAUGCCAGGAAUUCCGCCAGGAGUUUGAUCUUCCCGAGGGUGUUAAUCCUGAGACAGUGACCUGCGCUCUCACCGAUGGAAAGCUGCAGAUAAAGGCCCCUAAGGAGGCUGUGCCCGCGGGGAAUGAAAGAGUGGUGCCAAUUGAAUGUCGACCUGCUGCAGUUAGCUCUCUACCCAAGGCCUCAGAAUCUGAGAGUCACACUGCUGAGGCAGAUGCCUCUAAAAAGUGA